AUGGCUUCCAGUGAAGGCAGUCAGUGUCACGCUGGCUCCAGCAUUCAAGAGGAGGGUGCAAGUGUGUCUCAAAACAGUGAUGACCCUCAGAUCAGAAUGCGUGUCACUGAAAAUGAUAAGAUAGAUAUGAUUGUGCGAUUUCUGAUCCAUAAGUAUCAAAAGAAUGAGCAGUUCUCCAGGGAAGAAGUGAUGCACAUGUGGGACAACAGUGCCCAUGAUAACUUCCCUGUGAUCUUUAGGGAGAUCUGUGAGUGCAUGCAUCUGGAUUUUGGCAUUAUAGUAAAGGAAGUGGAUUCCACUGCCCACACAUAUGAGCUUGUCUCCACUUUGGGCCUCACUUACAGUGGGAUACUGGAUGACACUGACCAGAUCAUUCGUAAAGGUGACCUCUUGAUACUCAUCCUGAGUUUGAUCUUCCUAAAGGGCAAUCGAGUUAGUGAAGAGCACGUUAAGGACAUUCUGAGACGUAUUAAGAUAUUAUCCGAGAGUGCUCACAUUGCUGUUGGGGACAUAUGGAAAUUCGUCAGAGAGGAUUUGGUUGGGGCAGAGUACCUGGUGUACCAGCAGGUUCCUCACAGUGAUCCUGCUCAGUAUGAGUUCCUGUGGGGUCCGAGGGCUAGUGCUGAAACCACCAAUAUGAAAAUACUAGAUCAUGCCAUCAUGCUUGAUGAGAAGUAUCACAACUCUUUUGCACAUCAACAUCAGCAGCCCUAG